AUUCAAGAUGGCGCUCAGUAAGAAAGUACACUCUUUACAAUAAUUUAUUUUCAAUUUCCUUCAUUUUUUUUUCAUUUAUAUGUUGAAUAAUGAGUAUCAGAAGGUGGUUUUGGCCCACAAUAGAUGGGAUUGAGGCAGAAAAGUUAUUAAUGGAAAGAGGGGUGGAUUGCAGUUUCUUGGCUCGACCCAGUACAGCAAAUCCUAGCAAUUUUACCUUGUCUGUCCGACGAAAUGGAGAAGUUACACACAUCAAAAUUCAAAAUUCUGGAGAUUUCUAUGAUUUAUACGGAGGUGAAAAAUUUGCCACACUGUCAGAGUUGGUACAGUAUUACAUGGAAAAUCCAGGACAGUUGAAAGAGAAGAAUGGGGAAAUAAUUGAACUGAAGUACCCCUUAAAUUGUGCUGAACCCACAACAGAGCGUUGGGAAUUCUUAAGUGAUGAUUUGUAGGACUUCUAGUUCUAUAGUCAUAUGAAGGAUGGCUUGAUGUUGCUUGUAUUUGUAAGCAUGUAUACAUAGGCUAUGAAAAUGUAGAGAUCUUAUGUCACCUAGAUCUUCAUUAUGAAGAUGUUCAGUAUUUAUAUUCAAUAUUAUUUGUUUACCCUGUGUUUUACCCUAUAUAUAGUAAUAUUCAAUUUGAUGUUCAGUUGUUGUAACUAAACGUAAGAGAAUAAAAAAA